AUGAAGUCAAUUCUGUUCCUCAUUUCUCUGAUAAAUUAUGCUGCGAGUCGCGCUACUGCCUCGACACAGUACCUCAACUGGAAGACGUUCAAUGGCACCGGUGUCAAUCUUGGUGGCUGGCUUGAACAGGAGUCCACUAUCGAUACAGCGUGGUGGGCCAAUUAUUCAGGGGGAGCAGCGGAUGAAUGGGGCCUCUGCGCCAACCUGGGAUCGCAAUGUGGACCAGUCCUAGAGCGCCGAUAUGCCACUUGGAUUACCACCGCGGACAUUGAUACUCUGGCCACUGCGGGUAUCAACACUCUUCGUAUUCCGACUACGUACGCCGCUUGGGUCAAGGUACCAGGUUCGCGACUCUACUCCGGAGGUCAAAAAUCCUUCCUCAACACAAUCGCUUCUUAUGCCAUCAAUAAAUAUGGCAUGCAUAUCAUCAUCGAUAUUCACUCUCUUCCGGGUGGUGUCAAUGGGAUGCCCUUUGGAGAAGCGCAAGGACACUACGGCUGGUUCAACAAUGCCACGGCUCUCAAGUACUCCUUGCAAGCCGUUGAUGCCGUUAUCGACUUUAUUCAAAACUCACAGUCUCCUCAAUCCUUCACAAUUGAGCCGAUAAACGAGCCUGUCGAUGUUAAAAACAUGGCGUUGUUCGGGACUCCUGCCUGUCUCACUGACAGUGGUGCUCAAUAUUUGGCCAGCUACAUUCACCAAGUCAUUGCCAAAGUCCAGGCCGUCAAUGCCAAAAUCCCGAUCAUGUUCCAGGGCAGCUUCAAAGGGGAGGAUUACUGGUCGUCCAACUUUACAGCUGGAACGAACCUGGUGUUUGACGUUCACAACUACUAUUUUGAGGGCCGCCCUGUGAGCUCCUCUAAUAUGACGCAGUACAUCUGCGAGGAUGCCGUUAACUCAGCAGGGGAUGGGAAAUUUCCUGUCUUUGUUGGAGAAUGGGCCAUUCAAGCGGAGCUUGACAAUACCUAUUCCACUCGCGAGAAAAACCUGCAGACCGGCCUGGCAGCAUGGAGGAAAUACACUAGAGGCAGCUCAUACUGGACUGCAAAGUUCUCAGGGAACGCGACAGUGGAUGGCCAGGGUACGCAGGCUGACUACUGGAGUUAUGAGACAUUCAUUCAACUGGGAUACACUGGCUCUUCUGCCCAGGCAGUGCCUUGCUGA